AUGAAUCCAGAUUCUCGUAGCCAACCGCGCGAGGAGCAAUCGCCAGGCAGUCUGAAUUGCAACAGGGGGAGGAUACGUGCCUUGAUCCAGACCAGUGAUGGAGAGAGACACUAUUUCUCCGGCACUGUGAGCACUGAUCUAUGUCUUAUGGUCAACAAUGCUCAGCCUGCCCCAUCACCAGCUCCACUUGAGUAUCUCUAG